CCUCGGAAAAGUCGGUGGAAUAGGCACCGCGUCAGACUAUCCCCAGAUGUAGAUAGAAAAUCAGAGGAGCACAAUACAGAGCAAUCGUAAUAGCACACAACCAUCAACAUGUCUCAAUCUGAAAUCGACAUUGCCAUUAUCGGCUGCGGCAUCAUCGGGGCUAUCCUCGCCCUGGGCCUCAUCAAGUCCAACGAGGCUCAGCCAAGAGCCAAGCUCAACAUCAAAGUGUACGAGCAAGCCGCUUCCCCUCGCGAAUACGGCGCCGGGAUUGGCUUCACCGCUACGGCACGAAAAUGCAUGACCCUGAUGGACGAGCGCAUCGCCGACUGUGUAGGGGUGGUGGCAACGCUGAAUGGCGAGCCCGAAAAUCCCGACUACAGUAUGCGCUUCGUGGAUGGCUUCCGCACCUUCCCAACUCCCCAGCAUGAGGGAUAUGGAGGACAUUCCCAGACGGCCGAAGAUAUAGAAGAGGACGUAUCCAUCCACGGAAAAGUGUAUAAGCUGUAUGUCGGACCACGCGGGUUCGAAGGGUGCCAUCGGGCGCAGUUCCUGGCGGAGGUCAUGAAGCUCAUGCCGGAAGGGAUCGCGCAGUUUAAGAAACGGGUAGAGGGAUUCGAGUAUCUAGAGACUGGCAGGGUCAGACUGGACUUUGCAGAUGGGGAGCAGAAGGAGUGUGACAUUGUCAUCGCUUGCGAUGGCAUUAGAUCCCGAAUGCGCGAGCUGCUCUUCACGCCGGCCUACAAUGCACAGUACACCCACCAGCUGGCUUUCCGCGGGCUGGUGCCCAUGGACGCGGCAAUCCAGAGACUCAGUCGGUACCGCGCGCUGAGGCAGCACAUGCAGUGUGGUCCGAAUGCACAUAUCAUGCACUUCCCGGUCGCAGGGCAGAAGCUCAUGAAUGUGGUCGCAUUUGUCCAGGAUCCGAAUGAAUGGUCUAGCACGGGUAUGACUACCCCAGCCCAGAAGAGUGAGGUUGUGGAGGCGUUCCGGGAAUGGGGUCCGUUUGUGCGCGCCCUGAUCGAUCUGCUCCCCGAGAACUUGGACAAAUGGGCCGUCUUCGAUACGUACGAUUGUCCUAUACCAAGGUAUGUAGAGCAUCGGGUCGCUCUGGCUGGCGAUGCAGCCCAUGCUUCAUCACCGCAUCACGGGGCUGGCGCAGGCAUGGGGGUCGAGGACGCGUUGGCAUUGGUGGCUGCCUUGACGAGAGCACGAGUGGAUGUCGAUCGGGGCGUGGCAGUGGGGAGGACGCUGGAAGCGGCAUUGAAGGCAUAUUCUAAGGUGCGAUAUGGACGGUCGCAGUGGCUGGUGAGGAGCAGUCGCCAGCUGGGCUGGACAUUUGAGUGGAUGAACCCUGACACCGGGGCGGAGAUGGAUCGUGCGUUUGUUGACAUCCGAGACAGGAGUCAUCAGGUGUGGCAUUUCGACGUUGAGGGCAUGGUGGCUGAGGUGGAGCGAGAAUAUCGCCAAAUGCUGUAGUAUUUAAG